AUGCCUGCUACUCCCUGGACGCCCAACAGAUACCCCCAGGCGCGCCGUUCAGACCACGUCGACGUCUACAAGAGCGAGAAACACGGAGAGGUCCGCGUACCCAAUCCAUAUCGCUGGCUCGAAGAGCAUUCCGAGGAGACUGAACGGUGGAUCAACGCCCAAGCGGAGUUCACCAAGGAAUACUUGAGCAAGAAUCCGGACAGGGAGGUGCUCGAGCAGGAGAUCAGGGCUAACACCGACUAUGCUAGGUUCACCGCGCCGAGUUUGAAGCGCGAUGGUCGCUGGUAUUGGUCCUACAAUAGUGGUCUGCAAGCGCAGAACGUCAUCUAUCGUACCAAGGACGACAAACUUCCUGAUUGCGCCUCCCAAGCCCCUGAAGACAUCGGCGAAGUCUUCUUCGACCCCAACCUUUUGUCGGAGGAUGGUACUGUAGCACUCACCACCACCUCGUUCUCUCAUUGUGGCAAAUACUGCGCCUACGGCAUCUCCAUCUCGGGCAGUGACUUCUUCACCGUCUACGUGCGCAGCACAGAUGAGCCUCUUUCAAGCUCGAGCGCCAGCACAGACCAUCACGAUUCGCGUCUCAAGGAAGAAAUUCGCUUCGUCAAGUUCUCAUCCAUUGCUUGGACGCAUGACUCCAAAGGGUUCUUCUACCAGCGUUUCCCCGAUCGCGAGUCCCAUGGCCUCGCAACUGAAGACAAAGCUGGCACGGAAACUACGGACGACAAGAACGCGAUGCUAUACUACCACCGUAUCGGCACGCCCCAAUCGGACGAUAUACUUGUCCUGAAAAAUCCCGAUGAGCCCGAGUGGAGGUGGGGAGCAUACAUCUCGGAGCUUGAUGGGCGGUAUCUAUAUGUUAGCAUCGGAUGGACGACUGCGAGGAAAAACCUGUUGUGGAUCGCCGAUCUCCAAAGUGAGGAGAUUGGUCCCAACAUGAAGUGGAAGAAGGUCAUCAACGACUACGAGGCGGAAUAUGACGUUUUUGCCAACGAUGGAACGAAACAAUACCUCCGUACCAAUGCCAACGCUCCGAUGUACAAAGCUAUCACAAUUGACCUCGCCGACGACAAGUACGAGCAAAAGGACCUCAUCCCCGAAGAGAAGGACGCGUUCUUGGACGACAUCGGUGUGCACGGCAACGACACUAUCGUCACCGUCUACAAGCGCAACGUCAUCGACGAGAUCUACAUAUCUUCCAUUGACGGCAAGAACAGAGAGCGGCUCGCUUCGGACUUUGUCGGCGCCAUAUCCGUCAAUGGUCGCCGUGACAUGCGCCAGUUCUUCCUGACCUUGACGGGCUUCACGAACCCGGGCAUUGUGGCCAAGUAUGAUCUCGACGAGACAUCCUCUGAGAAGCGGUGGUCAAUAUUCCGGACCACGGUGCUCAAGGGUCUUAAGCCGAACGAGUUCAUCGCUGAACAGAUCUGGUACGAUGGCAAAGACGGCACCAAGGUCCCCAUGUUCGUCGUCCGCCACACAUCGACGAAGCUCGACGGCACCGCGGCCGCUAUCCAAUACGGCUACGGCGGGUUCAGCAUAUCGAUCAAUCCUUCGUUCUCCGCGUCGAUUCUCUCUUUCAUCAAGCGGUACAACGCCAUCUUUGCACUACCCAACAUCCGCGGAGGGGGCGAGUUUGGCGAGGACUGGCACGAGGCUGGGAUUAGGGAGAAGAAGUUGAACGUGUUCAAUGAUUUUAUCGCUGCGACUGAGUAUUUGACAAAGGAGAAGUACGUUGCUCCUGGCAAGGUUGCUAUCAAUGGUGGCUCGAACGGAGGUCUCCUCAUCGGUGCAUGCGCAAACAUCGCCCCCGAGGGAACCUUUGGCGCCGCUGUUGCGGAAGUUGGCGUGAUGGACAUGCUCAAGUUUGCAGACUUCACCAUUGGACGAGCAUGGGUGUCGGAUUAUGGUGAUCCGCAUGAUCCGCAUGACUUCGACUUCAUCUACCCCUACUCUCCCGUGCACAAUGUUCCGACGAACAAGAACCUCCCGCCUCUCCUGCUCAUGACCGCUGACCAUGACGACCGCGUUGUGCCCCUGCACUCGUUCAAGCACGCCGCCACGCUACAGCACACACUUCCGAACAACCCACACCCGCUGCUCAUCCGUGUGGAUGUCAAGGCCGGUCACGGCGCUGGCAAGGCUACCGAGAAGCGCAUCCAGGACGCCGCGGACAAGUGGGGCUUCGUCGCGCAGUCGCUUGGCCUGGAGCUGCGAAAGGACACGUAG